AUGACAAAGGACUGUUCCCAGCCAUAUGACGAUUUUUUUCAUGAACUCCCAGAAACUUUUCCAUCUGAUCCUCCGGAGCCAUUGCCCCACUUCCUCAUCGAACCCGAAGAGGCUUACAUAGUGAAGAACAAGCCUGUGAACCUGUACUGCAAAGCAAGCCCAGCCACGCAGAUCUAUUUUAAGUGCAACAGUGAAUGGGUUCAUCAGAAGGACCAUGUGGUGGAUGAGAGACUAGAUGAAACCUCUGGUCUGAUUGUCCGAGAGGUAAGCAUCGAGAUCUCCCGCCAGCAAGUUGAGGAGCUCUUUGGACCCGAAGAUUACUGGUGCCAGUGUGUCGCCUGGAGCUCUGCAGGCACCACCAAAAGCCGGAAAGCCUACGUCCGCAUUGCAUAUCUCCGGAAAACUUUUGAGCAGGAGCCCUUGGGGAAAGAAGUGUCCCUGGAACAAGAGGUCCUGCUCCAGUGCCGUCCUCCCGAAGGCAUCCCAGUAGCUGAGGUGGAGUGGCUGAAGAACGAAGAGGUGAUUGAUCCCGUGGAGGACCGAAAUUUUUACAUCACCAUCGAUCACAACCUGAUCAUCAAGCAAGCCCGGCUUUCUGACACGGCCAAUUACACUUGCGUCGCCAAAAACAUUGUGGCCAAAAGGAAGAGCACCACGGCGACUGUGAUUGUCUAUGUGAACGGAGGCUGGUCUACCUGGACGGAGUGGUCAGUGUGUAACAGCCGGUGCGGGAGAGGCUUUCAGAAGCGGACGAGGACCUGCACCAAUCCUGCCCCACUCAACGGUGGUGCCUUCUGCGAGGGCCAGAACGUGCAGAAAAUAGCUUGCACCACUCUGUGUCCAGUGGAUGGCAAGUGGACGUCCUGGAGCAAGUGGUCCACCUGCGGCACGGAGUGCACCCACUGGCGCCGGAGGGAGUGCACAGCCCCGGCGCCGAAGAACGGGGGGAAGGACUGCGAGGGCCUGGUGCUGCAGUCCAAGAACUGCACUGAUGGGCUCUGCAUGCAGGCUGCUCCUGACUCGGAUGAUGUCGCUCUCUACGUGGGGAUUGUCAUAGCCGUCAUCGUCUGCCUGGCUAUUUGCGUGGUCGUGGCCCUGUUUGUCUAUCGCAAGAACCACCGUGACUUUGAGUCAGAUAUUAUUGACUCCUCGGCACUCAAUGGGGGAUUCCAGCCUGUUAACAUCAAGGCUGCGAGACAAGACCUCCUGGCAGUCCCACCAGACCUCACUUCUGCUGCAGCCAUGUACAGGGGUCCUGUUUAUGCCUUGCACGACGUCUCUGAUAAAAUCCCGAUGACCAAUUCUCCAAUCCUGGACCCACUGCCCAACCUGAAAAUCAAGGUUUAUAACACCUCUGGCGCCGUCACUCCCCAGGAUGAGCUCUCUGACUUCUCCUCCAAGCUGUCCCCACAGAUUACACAGUCCCUGCUGGAAAACGAGAACCUGAACAUGAAAAACCAGAGCCUCACUCGGCAAACAGACCCAUCGUGCACUGCAUUUGGGACCUUCAACUCUCUAGGAGGUCACCUCGUAAUUCCCAAUUCAGGAGUAAGCUUGCUGAUCCCAGCGGGGGCCGUUCCACAAGGGAGAGUCUAUGAAAUGUACCUGACAGUUCACAGGAAGGAGAACAUGAGGCCACCCGUAGAAGACAGCCAGACCCUGCUGACUCCGGUGGUGAGCUGCGGACCCCCAGGAGCCCUGCUGACCCGGCCCGUCGUUCUAACCAUGCACCACUGCGCAGAACCCAACACGGAGGACUGGCAGAUCCAGCUGAAGCACCAGGCUGCCCAGGGGCCCUGGGAGGAUGUGGUGGUGGUUGGGGAGGAAAACUUCACCACUCCGUGCUACAUCCAGCUGGACCCCGAGGCUUGCCAUAUCCUGACAGAAACCCUCAGCACCUAUGCCUUGGUGGGACAGUCCAUCACCAAAGCAGCAGCCAAACGUCUCAAACUGGCCAUCUUUGGACCACUGUCCUGCUCUUCGCUGGAGUACAGCAUCCGGGUCUACUGCCUCAAUGAUACGCAGGAUGCUCUUAAGGAGGUCCUCCAGCUGGAGCGGCAGAUGGGCGGUCAGCUUUUGGAGGAACCCAAAGCUUUGCAUUUUAAGGGAAGCACCCACAACCUCCGCCUGUCCAUUCAUGACAUUGCCCACUCUCUAUGGAAGAGCAAACUGCUGGCUAAAUACCAGGAGAUUCCCUUUUACCACAUCUGGAGUGGAUGCCAGAGGAACCUGCACUGCACCUUCACGCUGGAAAGGUUCAGCCUGAACACCUUGGAGCUGGCGUGCAAACUCUGCGUGCGGCAGGUUGAAGGAGAAGGGCAGAUCUUCCAACUCAACUGCUCCAUCUCAGAGGAGCCUACCGGCAUCGAUUAUCCUCCUAUGGACUCAGCAGGCACCAUCACCACCAUCGUAGGGCCCAGCGCUUUCAGCAUCCCCCUCCCGAUCCGGCAGAAGCUGUGCAGCAGCCUGGAUGCGCCCCAGACCAGGGGCCACGACUGGCGGAUGCUGGCCCACAAGCUGAAACUGGACAGGUACCUAAAUUAUUUUGCUACGAAAUCGAGUCCCACUGGGGUGAUCCUAGAUCUCUGGGAAGCCCGGAAUUUCCCUGAUGGCAACCUGAGCAUGCUGGCAGCGGUUCUGGAAGAAAUGGGAAGACAUGAAACCGUUGUUUCUUUGGCAGUAGAAGGAAAUUACUGAUGCAGCCUUGGCAUGAACAGGAAGGACAGACCCAGGGAGUGGUAAUGCUCUGUUAUUACAAAUGAGAAUUGAAAUGAAAACCCAGACCAAUGAGUUACACAAGAGACGUUUCAGAGAAGAAAGCAAGCAAACAAAAAAAACCAGCCCUGACCUUCACACGUGCUCUCCUUGUACAUUAUCACAGGAUCUAAAAGAAAUCAUGCAAAGUUGUACCUUGAAAAUAUAAAUCAACCUAAUGUUCCUCUCGGCUUGGCUGUACGCUGCUUGGUACAGGAUUUUACAGUUUCCUAGGAAACGCUUUUUAUUGCUAUCCAGAUAUAUGGAUAAACUUUCUUAACAAUCCCAGUUUCUAUGGAUGUUGUUAACAUCAAAUUCUGGACAGGGGUAAGGAGACUGUCCAUGGCUCUUUCUAUUUUUUGUUUAAAGCCAUUCUAGACAAGGCUAUGGACAGGUGGUUGUGGCUAUUUCAGCUUAUUGGUUUUUGGUGAAUUCAGAUUUUGGCUACAAUUCUACACAUCGAUUGUCUCUCCAUGAUCCUCCUGUCAUUGUUCUGUUUCCUAGACCUACUUCU